CUGGAUUGUAACCCUUCAGUCCUUCCAUUCUUCCUCCAGCGUGGGUGAGAGAGCAACUCAACCUGGAUACCACGAUGCUUCGGAUCCUGCUUCCCAUCUGCUUCUGUCUUCUUUUUGGGAAACAGAACCUAGUUCCUGUAGCAGAGAGUGCUAAUGUGAGGCUGGUGAAUGGGAACAGCUGCUGCUCUGGGAGAGUGGAGGUUUAUCACGAUGGCCGGUGGGGGACAGUGUGUGACGAUUACUGGGAUACGACAGAUGCCCAGGUUGUGUGCAGAGAGCUGGGUUGUGGCUCGGCUACGUCUGCUCCUGGCAAGUCCCACUUCGGACAGGGGAGUGGAACAAUCUGGCUGGAUGAUGUAUCGUGCUAUGGAUCAGAGAGCUCACUGCUCAGCUGUGGAUCACGAGGAUGGGGGAAACACGACUGUGGUCAUGAUAAAGAUGCUGGAGUGGUUUGCACAGCUUCGCACAGUGCUAAUGUGAGGCUGGUGAAUGGGAACAGCUGCUGCUCUGGGAGAGUGGAGGUUUAUCACGAUAACCGGUGGGGGACAGUGUGUGACGAUUACUGGGAUACAACAGACGCCCAGAUUGUGUGCAGAGAGCUGGGCUGUGGCACCGCCUUGUCUGCUCCUGGCAAUGCCCACUUCGGACAGGGGAGUGGAACAAUCUGGCUGGAUAGUGUAACGUGCUAUGGAUCAGAGAGCUCACUGCUCAGCUGUGGAUCACGAGGAUGGGGGACACAAGGCUGUACUCACAGUGAGGACGCUGGAGUCGUCUGUUCUGGGAGAUCAAGGCUAGUCAAUGGAUUUGGCCGCUGUGCUGGAAGAGUGGAGAUUUACUACAGGGGAGCGUGGGGCUCUGUGUGCAGUGAUUCCUGGGGAUUAGAGGAUGCUGAAGUGGUGUGCAGAGAGCUGGGGUGUGGAGCUGCAGUGUCGGCCCCUCGUGGAGCUGUGUAUGGGGAGGGGAGCGGACCCAUCUUCCUGGAGGAUGUGGACUGCACUGGGAAUGAAGCAAUGCUCCAUUACUGUGGUUCCAGCGCAUUGAAGACACGUAACUGUGCUCAUAGCAAGGAUGUUUCAGUAAUCUGCUUCGAUGCAGGUGUGAUGACAAAGCCAUCAGUCUUACUGCAGUCCAGUUACAUUUCAUUUCAACCUGGUGAAGAUGCCAGCUUCACAUGCACUGCUCCCUCCAGGCUCUACACAACCAUUGAUUUCUAUUUGUACAAAAGCGGUUCUGGAAACUACAGCUCCAAAGAGAGUGCUGGCUCUCCACAAACCAGCGUGACUUUGACUGUGCCUAUCGUCUCUGAGGCACAACAGGGGAGCUACAUCUGUGUGUAUAAAGUACAGGGGAGAACUGAAAGCUUCAGCUCCCCUCAUAGUGACCCUGUACACAUCGCAGUGGUGGAUCUGAAACAGCCGGAUAUCUCUGUCAGCGUAGCUGCCGGUGCUGUUACGAGAGGAGGCAGUUUCUAUAUCACCUGCAGCUCUGCAGAGCAGCACGCAGAAGCCACCUUCUACCUCUUCAAACUCCCUGCAGGGUUCAAUGAGAGCUGGAACCUCUCUGUACCGGCCAGCAAGCAGUCUGCCCUGUUCAGCUUCUCUGCCGCAAACUCCACAGACGAAGGCAAUUACUCCUGUCAGUAUCAGAGCCGGGUAUCAGGAAGAGUGUUUGAAUCCCCUCUGAGCGAGCCGCUCUGCAUCACACUCAAAGAGCCGGUUCUGGUUCCAGUGGUGGCUACUGUGACUGUGACUGUGGCUGUGUUGCUGCUGGUUCUCAUCCUCGUGCUCCUGAGAUGUAAAAGGAGAAGGACAGAUAGCAGCAAGGAGGGGGUGAGCUCUGCAGAUAAACUGAAUGCAUACACCCCACAACGAACUGGCGUCCUGCAGACUGAAGAGUCUGAUUCCAACUAUAAGAGACAAGACUUUGCAUCAGAAGAGGAGAGAGACUUGAUCUAUGAGAAUACCAACUUCAGUGAGCCUGACUGUGGGAUCCCAGGGGGCUGUGCAGAAGGAGAUGAUGAUUGCAUUUAUCAAAAUUUUGGCUGAGGGAGAGGGGUGUGGCUUAGACAGUCUCCACCUAGGAGUCUCAGUAAGCCUAUAACCUGCUUCACCUUCUUCUAAUCAUUAUACAUGGACCAGACACCACCGAUACUGUUAACAAUAUCCAAUGGGGUACUCCUACCACAGGCAUUUUGGCUUGCAUCAUUUACACAGGUUGCCGCUACCAACUGAAAGGUACUGAUGGAAACUGAUCAAUGCACAUUUUAUUAGUGGUCUAAAACACUAAAUUCAGCUCUGAGCAGGACAGAAUGGAUUCAGGUGUUGAUAAAAAAAAAGAUAUUUGGGAUUUCAGUUUCACUUUUUCCACGCUUUCACUGCAUGUAAAACAAACUGCCCAGUUAAAAGCGCUUUGUGAUGGUGGUCCACUAUGAAAGGUGUUAUAUAAAAUAAAGAUUGAUUGAUUGAUUGAUAGUUGUAUUACUUUGGCAUGGGGUGAGAAAGCACGGUAGCAUCUGUUUGUGUGAUGCUAUUUUGUAAAUUGCCAAAUAUUGUAUUAGUGCUUUGUCUUGCAAAAAUGUUACUGAUUCUCUGUGUAUAGUAUAUGAACAUAUUCAUUUAUACUUUUAACCAUUUAUUAUUUUAAUAUACUUUUAAUUAUCGUUUAAUUGACUAACUCUUUCUUGCUGAGAACUGAGCUUUUUCUAUACAUGCUAUGUCCGAACUGUCGGAGAGGUGACAUGUGUUGUUUGUUAAGUGAGGAGUUGCUGACUGCUUCCCAAGGCAAGAUAGGCCGAGGCAUAUCUGGGUCUGUGUUGGAGAUGAGAGAUACGGAGAGGGGCUAUCUGGUCUUGUCUGGGGAAUGGGUGGAUUGUGGUAAAUAGAGGUUGGAGGAUAUAUCUAUUGUGGUAUACUGGAGACUCACGACAGCUGGAAAAGAGGAGAGAAAGCCGACAUCACCAACUGUCCAGAUUCUAACAGCUAAGUGUUUACAUUAUCUGUUAAUCUGGAUUAGGGCUUGUUCAUAUACUCUAGUAGUAGAGGAUUUCUCUGUGUGAUAAUAAUGAAACGUGAUGACUGUGAUUUGGAAUUGCUUGUCAUGCCUGGUGCUUCAACUCUCAAGGUCUCAAUAGAUAUUAAGGAAACAGUAGGCUUUGCAUCGGAUAAUACAGAUUCUACUGUAAUGGGAAGCCUCUUGAGAGAUAUCCAAGAGACUUGAGCUCCAUGCCCUGACAAGUCAUCUAAGAAAGAACUUAUGAAUGAAUUCAAAGCAGGUCGGACCUCCUUUCAAUGCAAAUACUCUGAAUCGAGUUCAGUUAUUGUCCGGUUUAAUGCUAGACUAUACUCUUGUGAUGUGUGUACAGGAAAGCUUUUCAGAUGUGCUGUGUACCUUUGCAAAUAAAUGCUUUGGAAGUUAAAAUGGGUCUGUUGACGUGUUUACUACAAAAAAAGCAUACUAUUGUAUUAUAAGGGCAGCAGUGUGGAGUAGUGGUUAGGGUUCUGGACUCUUGACCGGAGGGUCGUGGGUUCAAUCCCCAGUGGGGGACACUGCUGUUGUACCCUUGAGCAAAGUACUUUACCUAGAUUGCUCCAGUAAAAACCCAACUGUAUAAAUGGGUAAUUGUAUGUAAAAAUAAUGUGAUAUCUGUAUAAUGUGAAAUAAUGUAUGAUAUGUUGUAACAAUUGUAAGUCGUCCUGGAUAAGGGCAUCUGCUAA